AUGGAUACGAGCAAGCACGAAAGAUUCAGCGCUGGCAACCUGAUCGAGGCUAUAUCAGAUAUACACUUCUACGCAGCAGUGCCCAUCGUCAGCCCGCGGGGGUUUACAAUUGGGGCAUACAGUGUACUCGACAGCAGACCAAGAGCAACUGCCCCGAAUCAGAACGAGCUGGAGUUCAUGAAGAACAUGGCAGCCGCAGUGAUGAAACAUCUGGAAAUGGAGUACUCGGCGUUGAGAAACGUCCAGGCCGAGCGGAAGAUGGUGGGACUUGGGAGCUUUGUCGAGGGGAGGUCUACGCUUCGGGACUCCUGGCAACAAGCAGAUGCACAGUAUGCUGCCUCACAGGAGUCUGGGUCGCCAAGAGAGGGCCAACUGAACAUUAAGCAGCAGGACCUGCAGCACUUUGGUAGCGGAGAGGGCGAGAAACGUCUCCCCGUACGCGAACGACCUGCAAAGAAGACGAAUAUCACAACGCCCCGGAUCGAGACAGAGAACAAGACGGUGCGAAGCGUGGCCGCCGGCGAAAGCCUGCAGGACCACACCCUCUCGGACGGCAUUAAGCGAACCUUCUCACGCGCGGCUAAUCUGAUCAGAGAGUCUAUCGGGGCAGAGGGCGUCCUAUUCCUCAAUGCCGAUAGUGAGCGAUUCGGGAAUCUCGUCCGACGGACUGCUCGUAGAGUGUCUGGCCCUGCCCUAAAGGAACCCAAGCACAGUGAUGACGACGAGAGUACUGAUUCGUCGGGGGCAUCCCAGGAUAGUAAUACAGAUGCAGAGUCGGACAGUACGCGCGUGUCCGAGUGCCUGGGAUUUUCGAGCUCGAGGGAGUCGAGUAUUGACCCCGAGGCAGACGCUGGUCAAGCAAUUGUCGUGCCGGAGCCCCUGUUCAGUUCGCUUAUACGUCGAUACCCCCGGGGCAAGAUCUUCUCUUACAACAACAGCGGCUCUGUUUCAGAAGACAGCGAGGGUUCACCGACGAGCCGAGUUAGGCCUGACCAUCAUAGCCACAAGAAGCGCGCGCCCAGCAGACGGCGACGUAAGCCAACGUUCCAGCAAGACGCCCAUAGCCUGAUCAGUAUCUUCGCCGGUGCCAGGAAUAUUCUCCUGCUGCCGAUUUGGGACUCCGACAAGAACCGGUGGUUCGCUGGCACUCUGAUCUGGACAAACGACCCAGGGCACGUCUUCACCUUCGAGGACGAGAUCACCUAUAUCUCUGCCUUUACAAAUAGCAUCAUGGCGGAGAUCCGGCGGCUGGAUGUAGAGAUAGCAGAGAAGGCAAAGACCAACCUGGUCAGCAGUAUCACUCAUGAGCUGCGUAAUCCACUGCAUGGCAUUCUUGGGACUUCUGAUAUCCUGAGUGAUACUGCCAUGAAUGCCCUGCAACAUGGUAUGGUUCAUACCAUUGAAUCCUGUGGCCGCACUCUCCUUGACACCAUCAACAACCUCCUCGAUCUUACUUUCAUCGACAAGUAUCAACGGAGGUCAGCGGGCUCAGGGAAGAAGCAGGGCAGAAAGCGAAGGCCCACGCCUGGGACUCCGAAAGGUCCAGAUGGCUUGCAAAGUAAGGGCCGCGGAGAGCACCUUUCAUUUGGGGAUGUGAAGCUGGACUCCGUUCUGGAAGAGGUCAUCGAGUGUGUCUUUGCUGGCUACAGCUUCUACAAUCACCCUCAGGCACCGCCACCAGCCAUGAUCACGUCGUCGUCGCGGUGGGGAGGCCCAACGAGCAAAUUCGAUCCAGUUGGAGCUCGUGCGAGCCAGGUCACCAUCAUAUUCGACAUCCAGCCCGAUACCGAAUGGACCUUCUAUACGCAUGCGGGUGCCUGGCGUCGGAUACUGAUGAACAUCUUUGGCAACGCGCUCAAGUACACCAAAUCCGGGUUUAUCUAUCUCGGAUUGAGCUCCAAGCAGAUACAUCCGGAGCCUUCGUCCUCGGACUCGCACGACAAAGACGCAGAAUUUGAAGUCACCCUGACUGUGAAAGACAGCGGAAAGGGCAUUGGGCCGAAGUAUCUCCAGGAGGGCCUCUUCACCGCGUUCUCGCAGGAAGACCCUCUUGCCUCUGGAAGUGGGCUUGGUUUGAGCAUUGUUCGACAGGCCGUUGGGUUCCUUGGUGGCUCGAUCGAAAUUGAAUCCACGCAGAAUGUCGGGACGACACUCACAGUACGCACGCCGCUUCCUCUCUCAUCGGAUAAAUCCGAUGACUCCUCAUCCAGUGCCGUUUUCAAGUCCCUGCAGAGCUACACCCAGGACAAGACCAUUGGGUUCCUUGGGUUCGGCGCGAACCUGCAAUCGAGUCGAGAUACGUCUCUUUACUCCUCCCUGGAACGCCUGUGCCGCGACUGGUUUGGCCUCGAGGUUGCCAAUACAUCUGAACGUGGUGAGGAUGAAAGGUUCGACUUCUACCUGGCGGUUCAGACGGAGCUCAACUGCGAAGACACCGAAGGAAGAGACUUGUUUGGUCUAAGCCAGCGUCUGGUCGACCGCAAUGGACGCUUCUCGCCUGUUGUAGUGAUCUGCCAGUCGCCGGAGGAAGCGCACAGCAUGUUCGUUGCAGCGAAGAACAGAAGCGAGACGUUCUACUUUGAGUUCAUCAGUCAACCAUGCGGGCCCCGGAAGCUGGCGGGUGCUCUGGAUAUAUGCAUGAAACGACAGACGGAGCAGCGGUCCAGCGGUAUCACCCCUGACGAGCGAACUCACUGGGUAGAAAUGCCUGAUUCUUCCCAUCUGCCACUGGAUGCUGAGCCCAGUGAGCCUCCCAGUAAUCGACUGAAGAUCAGCAAACGCCCAACGGCUGACACCAUGGGCGAUGAAUCUCACCGAGGCUCGAGGGAUGCCAAACGGCAGCAGGAGACGCCUGAACCAUCCGUCCUGCUUGUGGAUGACAAUGACCUUAACCUGCAGCUGCUGUGUGCGUACACCGAGAAGGACAAUCAUCCUUAUAUGGCAGCCCACAACGGUGCAGAGGCGGUUGAAGCGUACAAGGCCGAUCCCGGAAAGUAUCAGUUUGUCAUCAUUGACAUAUCAAUGCCUGUUAUGGAUGGGUUUGAAGCGUCUCGACAGAUCCGCCGCAUUGAAAAAGAGCAUCGGGCCAAGAUGAGCAAGUCCGAGCAGAAGGCAUCACCACGCACCGUGAUUGCUGCUUUGACCGGGCUUGACAGCACCAGUGCCCAGAAGGAGGCCUUCUCUUCAGGCAUCGACACGUUCCUGAUCAAACCAGUGAAGCGGCCAGAGUUGCAGGCCAUUCUGCGCCGUCAAAAAGGUGUUUAG